AUGACCAGUCCAGCUAAGAAAAAAUGCAGACAGUAUUCUGUCGAAUAUCUUGCUUUUGGAUUCAUUGAAUCUCCACAAAAUACUACAAUGCCUAUGUGCCUGCUGUGUAUGACCUCACUCUCAAAUGAAAGUAUGCGUCCCAGCAAACUGAAAAAGCAUCUGGAGACUGCACAUAAAGACAAGAAAGACAAGCCGCUAGAUUUCUUCAAGAAAUUACGUGAUGAGUUCCAAGGAAGGAUGACAGUUAAUCAUAUGUUUACCCAAAAAGUGGCAAAAGUAGACAGAGGGAUGUUGGCUUCUUACAAGAUAGCAAAUUUGAUUGCAAAAGCAGGUAAGCCUCAUACUAUCGGUGAAUCUCUGAUCAUGCCGGCAGUGGCUGUAGUGCUUUCAACAGUCAUGAAUCAGAGUCCACAAGAGGUAACUAGUGUUAUUCCUCUGAGCAACUCCUCAGUAUCACGCCGUAUUGAUGAGAUGGCAGCUGAUGUUGAAAACCAAUUAAUCUCAAAACUGCAGGUGAAUGAUUUCUCGCUUCAACUCGACGAAUCAACUUUACCUGAUAAUUCUGCUCUUUUGAUGGCAUUUGUGAGGUUUCUUGAUGUAGAUGAAAUAUGUCAAGAAAUGCUUUUCGCAUUGAAAUUAACGACUGACACUAAAGGAGAAUCCAUCUUCAAAAAACUUGAGGUCUAUUUUGAGGAGAACAACAUUCCACUCAAGAACAUUGUGGCUUGUGCAACAGAUGGCGCUGCUGCUAUGAUAGGAAGGUAUCGGGGAUUCAGUGCUUACUUAAAAAAAGCUGUUCCUAAUGUCGUUUGUGUGCACUGUGUUGUUCACCGGCAGCACCUGGUUGCCAAAAACCUAGCAGGACGUCUUCAUGAAGCACUUGGGCAUGUUAUCAAGGCUGUCAACUUGAUAAAAAGUAGUGCACUGAAAGAUCGCCUCUUUCAGCAAUCAUGUGAAAAGAACAAUGAAGAAUUUGAAAAACUUGUGUUGCACACAGAAGUCAGGUGGCUUUCUAAAGGUAAUUGCCUGAACCGUUUUGUUGCACUUUGGGACAGUGUUAUCUCUUUCUUUAGUGGGACAGAACUUGGACAGAAACUUGUUGAUGCAAGAGUGACAUCUUCUACCUGUCUGACAUAUUUGAAAAGCUAA